CAUGGCCGAUUUUCUAUCACCUGGUUAAUUUUGGUAUUAUGUGUAAAUAUAGAUACAAAAUGUGUUGUUCGAAGAGUAUUUUGAAGAAUAAAUUUUGCCUGAAGUGGUGUUGGCGAAAACGUUGGCCGGGCUCCGAAGUAUUUGGGAUCCUUUCGCCCCAAGUUCGCUCAAUAAAUAAAUUUUCGUAGCCGUUCAAGAAUUUAGAAAUAUAAUUAAGUAGAGAGAUAAGAAAUAGCACUCAAAAUGAAUUCUUUCAACGCGCCGACCACGCAAAUAAAUGCGAUAGACAAAAUGACAACAGUUAAAUGCAAGUCUGUGGAUUUAGAAGGAUAUGUCAUUAUAGUGGUGCAAACUAAGGAUAAUAAAGUAAAACUGUAUGGAUCACCAUCUGCGGGAAACUGGGAUAACCUGGAGCUGGCGGACGAGAUCAUGGACGUGAACGAGACGAGGCUCGAGGAUAUGACUAGGGCAGAAGUCCUGGGUCAUAUACACGAGUGCAUUUCGUCGUGCGUGAUCAAGCUGCGUGUGAAGAGACGCAGUGAGACCAAAUUAUUAUCAGACAUCGGCCACAACAUUAUCCAGGAUGCCUUCCUCAUCGCGGUGGAGGAGCAGGCCCGCCAGCGCUUGCAGCGGCUGUCAGCGCUCAAGAGGAUCACACCCGUUGACAUGUCCAAGCUUUCUGUAGAGUUAAACAAAAGAAAACGGACACAGCCAGAAAAUAGACAAGAAUUGAAUGGCUAUAUAGCAAACUCCACUGUAUAUGUGACGUCCAUUAACGAAAAUGGAGCAAUAGAAAGCAAACCCACGAUAUCUUCGCCAAAAUCGCAACCGAAAUCGUUGCAAGCCAAACCGGCACCAGUCAUAGCUAACGGCAUACAGGAAAAGAAGAAAGAAUCUUUAGAAAUAAAAGAAGAAAAACCUGAACCAGAAAAACACGAAAAGGAUUCAAGUGAAAAAAGUUUAAAAAUUAAAGUGGAAAGUGAAGUGAAAAUAGAAAGUGAAGUGACUAGUGAUAAAGAUAUUAGUAAAAGUGAUGCGUACAGUGUUGCUAGGGAGCAUUUGAGCAACGGUAGAAGUGAAAAACUAUUGGGAGAACAGCCUGACCAUAGGAUCAGGGCUACAGCUAUUGUGGAGAACAAUAAACUUGGACCAGGAGAUAAAGGACCUCGCCGGCGCUCGGGCUCCAGCAUCGUGGUGCUGGGCGCUGAGGACGAGAAGCGACCGCCGCCGGAUGACGACACAGAGAUGCUCACUAUGCUGUCCCUCUCUGAUUCAGGUCCCCACCGCGAGAUGGCGGUGGAUGUUCCGGACAGUUUCAUCGCGAGGAACAAAACCCCGCCCCGCUACCCACCACCCCGGCCACCCCAGGUACGACUUCGAGCAUCCAGAGACGACGAACCCCUCCUCCUUUCCUCCGGGGGCUCAGGCACUAGCUUCGGAAGCAAACAGAGUACCGUGCUUCAAAGCACUAUAGACAUAUCCGGACCAAGUUCUGAUGGCUCCGGGAGCUUCAAAAACAACAGCACCAUGGAAUUACUUUCCCUACCUCAAAGCUCCGAUGGAUCCGGCACCAGUUUCGGGAGCAAGAAGAGCAAAGGUUCCUCUGAGACUGCGAAAUGCGGGGACCUGAUUUCGAAUAGAUCGGAAUCUGUCGCUUCGAACACGACUCACAAUUUGAGCGAUCACAAGAUUCAACUUCUCAUUUCUAACGGCGAAGAUUCUUUGCUCGACUGCAGGGAGGGCGUCACAUAUUCGGCGAGGACCGACUCUGUGCUGAUCCGAGAGGCGGUUUACGCUUCUUACAAACUGCCUCCCGGCUUCGAUACCACUCCUGUGCUCCUCGGAAGAGAGGUCGCAGUGGACGUCCCGGACACUUUCGUGCAGAUCGUAAAAACGACCCCGAAAUACCCCGGUACCGUGGACAGAAAGAGCGUGGCGUUUCAGCAGGUGAACGGCACGGCGAAGACGGCAGCUCCCGCAGUCCCACCGCGGGAGGUAGCCCGGGACGCGCCCCCGCGCCCACCAGCUCAUGACGUCGGCAAGGACCAGGUGGACUCCAUCAAAAAGUAUCAGGAACAGUUACGGCAGCGGAAAGAAGCAGAAGAGAGGAUCGCAGCCCAAAAUGAGUUCCUCAGGACAUCUCUUAGGAGUUCCCAUAAACUCCAGGCCCUGGAGUCCACCCCGCCUUCAUCAGGCACGGCCUUCGUCAACGACGCGUAUGAGGACGACGUCAGCGAUGAUUCCACCAGUCAAAUGUAUACCGUAGUUGAAUACCAAGAAGUAUGUGCAGCUUUAUCCAGGGUCCAAAAAGCGUUAAGUGCCAAUGGCGAGAGCGCGUUAGCGUCGAGGGUCGCUGGGGCGGCCGGUGCACUACUCUGUCCUGCCCUGAGGACAGCCCUGGCCACCAGGUCCGCAGUCCUCACAGCAGUACGGCACAAAAGAUCAGGACUUACGCCACCCCAUACUCAUCGAGCGACGGAUAGGUUGAAAGAUUGCAUGGACGUACUAGGCGCGCAGACGACAGCAGGAGGUGAAUCGUCCGCGCUGGCCGCUGAACUACUAACGCUGUUGGGCAGCAUGGAGCUGGAAAGCCUCAUUCAGGCACACGACCAAGCCGCCGCGCUGCUGGAUCCCGCGUGCUUCAACAGAGGGAAGAGGCUUAAGACUGGGAACAACCACUUACACAAGGACGACAAAGCUAUAUCGGCGCAGUCUCCGGACGACCCCAGCGAACACAUCAAAAUUAUUAAAAUUGAAAAGACUAAUGAACCACUUGGUGCUACAGUACGGAACGAGGGUGAAGCAGUUAUAAUUGGUAGGAUAGUGAGAGGAGGUGCGGCUGAGAAGUCCGGGCUCUUACACGAAGGAGACGAGCUACUAGAAGUGAACGGCGUGCCAAUGCGCGGCAAGACAGUGCACGAGGUGUGCCAAGUGCUGGGCGCGCUGACGGGCACGCUGAGCAUGGUGCUGGCGCCGCGCGCGCGGGCGGCGCGCCCCGCGGCCCCGCACCGCGUGCUGCACGUGCGCGCGCACUUCGACUACGACCCUGAAGACGACGUGUACAUACCCUGCAGGGAGCUAGGCAUAAGUUUCCAGAAAGGUGACGUGCUACAUGUCAUCAGCAGAGAGGACCCCAACUGGUGGCAGGCGUUCCGGGAGGGCGAGGAAGACCAGAGCCUCGCCGGACUCAUUCCUAGUCAGGCGUUCCAACAUCAACGUGAGUCAAUGAAAUUGACGUUAGCUGGAGAAGUGGCAGCUCGAGAUAAGCCUCGGAAAGGAGGCACGCUGCUCUGUGCCAAAAAACCGCCGCGGAAGAAGAAGGGGAAGAAGGCGACCAGCGAAGCAGGGUAUCCAUUGUACUCCACGUCUGCGGGAGAUGAAUUCGAGCAAGAAGAGAUCCUGACUUACGAAGAAGUGGGUCUGUACUACCCGCGAGCAUCACACAAACGGCCCAUCGUCCUGAUAGGUCCGCCCAACAUCGGCCGUCACGAGCUGAGGCAAAGGCUCAUGGAAGACAGCUCACGGUUCGCAGCUGCUGUGCCUCACACGUCCCGACCCCGCAAAGACCACGAGGUCCCUGGUCAGGACUACCACUUCAUAUCGCGGACGCAGUUCGAGGCUGACAUACUGAAUAGGAAGUUUGUGGAGCACGGGGAAUAUGAGAAGGCGUACUAUGGCACAUCGUUAGAAGCAAUACGCGAGGUAGUUAACUCUGGGAAGAUCUGCGUUCUGAACUUGCAUCCGCAGUCACUGAAGAUCUUACGGAAUUCCGACCUCAAGCCCUACACAGUGUUCGUAGCGCCACCUAGUCUUGAGAAGCUCAAGCAGAAGAAGAUGAGGAAUAAUGAACCUUAUAAGGAAGAGGAGCUGAAAGAAAUAAUAGCGACUGCGCGAGAUAUGGAGCUAAGAUGGGCGCACCUAUUCGACAUGAUAAUCAUAAACAAUGACACACAACGUGCCUACCAGCAGCUGUUGAACGAGAUCAACAGUUUGGAGCGAGAGCCGCAGUGGGUUCCCGCGCACUGGCUCAAACACACCUAGCGAGAAUUUCCCCAUGCUGCAACCCUCGCAGCCCAAAGACUGAAACACGUCGAACGCUAUCAACAAAACCUUCAAUGUAACGUGCACAUUACCGAUAACGAUUCAGACGUUGUACAUACUAAACAAAGCAUUGUCGAGAGAAAUUCGGGAUUGUUCAAACUAAUGUUGUUGUUGGAAAUAAUUACGCAAAUGGUUUUACAUUUGCUUUUCUACUUUCUCAGUUCUUGCGAUAGAAAGAGGAAACUUACUUUUAAAUGGAAUAGGUUGUUGUCGAGUGAAGGAAUGAAUAAUGUAGGCAUUAAUGGUAAUGAUGAGGCGUUUAGUGGCGGUACGGAUUCGAAUCACAAAACUGUAGAUGAAAAUAUAGAAUUUAGAAAUGUGUUCCCAAAUAUAACUUGUUUAAUUCACGAUGAUCUUCAUUUGAAACAAGAUGUGGCGGGAAAAGAGUACAUAUAAAAAAGGUCUGUUCCAUUAGUUGCAGUUCUUUCGUUACGAUAUAAAUAGAAAAAACUGAAUAACUGUUUUAAAAUUUAAGUUGUAGUAAUGGUGAAAUAUUUCAUUUUCAAUAGCCACGUGUUGGCUCAGUAACUGAUAAUUUUGCCAAUUUUCAUGAUAAUAAUUACGCACAAAUGAGACUCGAAUCCAUAAAAACUCUUGAUUUAGCGUCACACACGUCAUAUUCCCCUACGUCCAAUUUCCAAACAUACAUAGAUAUUAUGUAUCUGUGCAACCUCUAUUUCUUUAUUCCUUCAAUUUCCUUGUGUCUCAUAAUGUGCGAAUUAUUGUCUAUUAUUGUUUUAUGUAAAAUAGAUUUUAACAUCGCAUAUUAUUUAUAUUGUUGCUACUUUCAAGCCAAUAAGGGUGCAGAAUACUUAUGAUAGACAUUGAGACGCCAGGAUGAGAGAAAUUUAGUAAUAAUUAUCCAUUCAUACUGAUAGUAGACCACGGGUACUCGUAUAUGAUAGGUAUUAAAUUAAUAGGAUCAUCCUUACAUCAGAUACUGGCAAUAAUAUUUCACUAUCUAGGUAUAAAAUUUUCUUAUAUAGGAAACAAAACAAUAAUUUGUAAUAGUUUAAAUUGUAUACAAAGUGGUUUUCUUUUUGAAAUAUUAACAAAAUAUACUGCCUUGUUCAUUGAUGUUGAGUAUUUAUAGAGUUUUUGUAACAGCGGUGUAAACAUCACUUAAUUUGUUAAGAUUAACAAUGAAGGUGCUUUAUUUCUCAAUUAAACAUUUUGUUUUUAUAACGUCUCCUUCAUUUUUAAUUUUAACGAAACUAGAUUAUAAAUUAAACAAUUUUUCUUCUCAGAUUAUUUUAAGAUCACUUUUGUAGUACUUUUAGACAUAUGUUUGGAACAUUCUAAGAAUAUAGGCAACCCUUGUUUAAAUUCAUCAUCUUUAUUCAAACUUGCUAAAUUUACAAUUGAAUGUUUACUAAGGUAAGAAGAUAAACGCUAUUGAAAAAGGCAAUGUUAGAAUGCAAUGUGCCAACCUACCCCUGCAAACCUACUUGUCGUUUACAAUAAAAUAGGUGGUCCUUACUAGCGAACCUAUAGAUAUCAAAACUCAACGUCUUAAAGCUUUAUUGUGCCGUUUUGUCUAGUAUAUAGAAGAAUAGGUUUAUCAUGGUGAGAAUACAUCUACCUUAAAUUAUUUUGCAAACUAGGAUGAAUUUGACACAUUCCCGAGUUUCGUCAAAUUAAGUGAAUUUUUUUUUUGUCGUAAAGCGUAGCUAUUUUUUUAGUCUUUUUUUCCGAUAUAAAUUUAUUGAUUCCAAAAGUGGCUUAGCUUUGUCCUUAUACUUUAUUUGUCUGUUCACUUUAUUGAAAACGUUAGAAACUAAAGCAGCCAUUAAACUAUAAUGAACUCGCCCAUAAACCAAAUUAUGUAAUUUGAAGACUGUUCGCUGAUGCUCCAUUGACCGAUUUCGCAAUAAUUAUUACUAUAAUGUAAAUUCGAUGUUCCAAAAUAGAAUUUAUAAUAAAAAUAUAAAAUAAAUUCCCUAAUGAUAAAAUGGUGAUUUAUAAAUAAAGUUGCAUUAUAGACAUUGUUGAACUUUAACAGUUAGUAGAAACUUACUGCGCCACCUACAAUAAUAAUGCGAAGGAAUUUAUAGUUUGCGAAUUUUGAAUAGAUAGUGAUAUUAAAUACGAUGAAUAAAUAAUAAAAUUAAAACCUACCUAUUUCUCUAUUGCCAAAUUUAUACGGUAGUUAAAUGAAAUAGAGAUUUUCUAAUAAAUUCUUCAGUAGUUAUCUUGUGGUUUUCUCUUUUAUGUAGAGUUUCUAUAAGUGUGGUAACAUUUCUUCCCAGAACGUGGAGCGAAUAGCAAUACAUUAUCCGUUUAUGUUUGUCUAAAGAAGUAGUAUUGCUUUAUUAACGUAGGAAGGUACCUAUUCGUCCAGCAGUAUUUCAGUACCUCUCAUGCUAUUUAUUAUUUAACAAGAGCCUAUUUUUGUAAAAUACGGACUACGGUAAAGUCAUGGGAUGAUAAGGAAACGUUACCGCAUUUUAUAUGGAUAACUGGGUAAAUAACACGAUCCUAUUAAAGGAGUCGUUGUAGGAAUUUAAUUGUAACUUACAGUAAACCAAGUACUUAAAUCGAUCACUGCUAUGAUAGUGAGUAGAAAAGCAAUAUUUUAUAUCCGUAUAAAUCAAGUUUACCUAUUGUACAACGACAUAUCUGAUUUUUAUAGUAUACCUAUUUCAAUUUUUGGCCAAUAGAAUAUGUAUUCCUUUUGGUAAAUUUACCACGAUUAACUAUAGAUAAAUGAAUGAUUAUAAAUAUGUCUCGAGUUUGGUGUGGUUGCUUUUUAUUAAGGAUUUUACUAUGAGUUAUUUUAGAUCAUGACGUAAUUUCCUUUUUUUCGUAAGUAUGUGGAUUCGACAAUCUUAAUAUACAGCAUUCUUUAUGAUAAGAAUUGUUAGCAUAUAAUUGGUAAAAAAGAUUGUCGAAUUCGCCAUAAGGGUGGUGUCAAUAAUGUUAGUGAAAAGAGUGCUGAAAAUAGAGUUCAAUAACAUUUUACCCUACCUAAGUAGGUAUUCAACAGUCCAACUGAGUAAAGUUUACUCAGGACUGGUAGUCCAACUAAUAAGUCGAUAAGAUCUAAACUAUGAGUUGCUGAAGAGGUUUGAUUAUUUAUAUUAAUGCGUCAGUCUCUUUAACUUCAGACUUAACAGUACGUUUAGAGCUGCUAUUAAAUUGUUUACGCUUUUGGCUAACAGUAUUGACACUAUUUUAGACGGUGAUAGUAUUGCAAUACGAUUUAUUAUUGCAUGAACAAUAUUCUAAAUGUCCGGAAACUAAAUAUUCGAUUCUAGUUCCAUUACUUAUUUGUAUAUCUAUGUAGAUAGUAAUGUGCAUUCCAAAUAAUAUAGUGCCAAAUACACGAGGCCACGAAACAUUGAGGUCAAUAUUCUUUUUUUUAAAUAAUAAUCACAAUUUUUAAUACGUUGUUUUAUACAUAUGUAUUGUAUGUUGUAGGUACGUUAUACCAUUACCAUUUCAUGUUAUGUGUACUGAUUUUGAGAUGUGGUGUCAUAAUGUUUUUGAUCGAGAAAUAUUCAUUAGUUGUGUAAGUUGAAAUGUAUUUGAAAUAAAGUCAGUGUAGCCGGUGAGGUGCUAAAAUUUAUAAACAAAGUAUUGUUUUUUAUUAUAAUCUGUGUGUUUUUAAGUUGUUGUUGCAUUGAUGUGUGCAUUAUUGACGUUUACCAUGAUUUCUUAAUGGCGUAUGUACUUACAUUUUAAUAUUUUUACAGCAGAGAACAAUAAAUUCAACGUUUCUGAUGCACACAAUCAAAUAAACCUAAGUCGGAUUUGUCGAGACUUCACAGUAUUGAUAAUAUCUAAUAUAAAUAGUCCUGUAUAUAAUUUAUUAACAACUGAAUAAAUAUUAAAAAAUAUAAAUAACAUGUUAAUAGAGAACAAUUUAAUGUAAAUAAUAGAGUACCUAUUAAAUUUAAUAUCAGAUA